AUGAGGACACUCCCUAAUAUUAUCAUCACUGGCACGCCUGGCGUAGGCAAAACUGUCCAUUGCGAGCAGUUAGCUCAGGAAACUGGCCUGCGACACCUGUCAAUUAACCAGGUAGUGAAGGAGCACAAUUGCCAUGAAGGAUAUGACGAUACAUUUCAAAGUUAUAUUGUGGAUGAUGAUAAGCUCCUCGAUGCCAUUGAAAAGGAUGUACCAAAGGGCGGGUAUCUUAUUGAUUGGCAUGCCUGCGACCUUUUCCCCAAGUCUUGGAUUGACCUAGUCGUGGUUAUCCGGUGCAAUUCUACUUCUAUAUUAUAUGACCGGCUUGCCGCCAGAGGCUACUCGGAACUCAAAUUGCAGGAGAAUCUUGACGUGGAAAUAUUCGAUGUACUCCUCCAAGAGGCUAGGGAGUCAUACGAUGAGGAGAUCGUUGUUGAAUUGACGAGCGAGAAUGAUGAGGACAUUGAAAGUAAUUGCGCGCGUAUCGAAGCUUGGAUAGAUUCUUGGAAAAAGGCUCGUGUGGAAAGCUCCGGCUGA